AUGGAUGUGAGGAUGUGGAUAUGCAUUACAAAUGGUUAUACUCCUCCAAUAGUACCAGGUGAAACUUCAAGUUCGAGCGGUGCUAGGCUUGCUUCAUAUGAGCAAAUGGAUGUCGAUAAGAAGAAAGAUUAUGAAGCUGAAAGCAAGGCAUUGGGUUCGCUUCGAAUGGCUCUCCAAGGGGAAGUUCUUCAUCUGUUUAAAAAGUAUGAUACAUCAAAAGGCUUAUGGGAUGCACUCAAAGAGCAUUGUGAAGGUGACGACGAUCUCAAGAAGAGUAGAAAAGACUUGUUGAAGAAGCAGUAUUAUGUGUUCACUAGCUUCAAAGAUGAAACUCUUGAUGAGACACUAGUUCGUUACAGUCAUCUGCUGGUUGAGCUUGCCUACUUUGGGUACAAUCCGGAUCUAGAAGACGUGAUCGAGAAGUUGUUGGAGGCAUUUCCUAUCAAAUGGGAAGGAUUUAUCACUUCUAUCCAACAAAAUCCCGACUUCAGUAAGUGA